AUGGAACAGAAACUACUCGAUUCGGCAAAAAGGCACUUGACUCUGCUCGACACUACCAUAUAUGAAGUCAACCAGUUCAUCCAAGCUCUACAAGCGAAAUCUAGAUCUACAUCUGGUCUACCAACUUUCUUACGCACAUUGGAACGGGAAAAUGCAACAUUAUCCAACAUUGUCACUGAACUAUCAGUCUCAAGUACAAGUCUUGAUGAUUUGCAUCUCACAAAACGAGAACAGAAGCUUGAUUCGAGCGUCACUACAACGACGCAGGGUAUCGCUCAGUGGAACCGUCUAAAGAAAAGCCAUAGCUUCGUUGCUAUAAAUCAGUCCUUUCAAGGCUCGUCAAAAGAUUUGCGAAAACAGGAGAUCCAAAAACGACAGGUCUCGGGGCAGGAGAAACACAAUCUGCACCGACUCCUAAAGGAACAAGCUCGUGUUGAGGUCGAUGUUGUUCAAGAAGGACGACAAUGGAUUGCUGCUAAAGCCAUCUCUCGCGAUAGACUCGCUCGCCAGUUGAACGAUUGCGGUUGGGGAUGGGGUGACCAUGAACUCGGUGAUGAAGUCGACCGUGAUGAGUGGGAGGAUACCCCAUUGGCAAAAUACGUACAACGGCUGGUAAAUGCUGCAAGAAUGAAUCGUCAUGAAUACAGAUUCCCUCAAAUACGUCUGGUUCUGACUGGUCUUAGUCGAGGUGAAAGGGAGCUUGACAUAGUCCUUGAUCAACUAGAACACAUUGAUCCACUCGUCAAAGUCAUCAUCGAGGAUCAGGACAGCGACUUUGCCGCAGCAUCGCCUCCUCCGCUUGACGAAGCUAUUGACAAUCUUGUUGGCAAUGAGCUUGCAUCACUCACAUCCACCAUCAACCUUGAUCACACCAUCCUCAUCGAUCUUAUUUCUGACUUGACUCAUCUCAGACUUGAGCCCCAACCGUGGCAGUCGCGUACGACGCGUGCCCAGAUAGACGAAGAGAACGCUCAUGAAGGGGGUCUCAUGUCUCGUGUGUUAUACCCUGUGUUAGCAGGCCGCAAGCUCGUAUGUACCCGUGAAGCAGCGGAUCAUUUUCACGAUGUACUACGAACUGUUGGCACCGAGACUGAGCGUGAGCGAGGGGGAUUAUUGGUACCAUGGGGUGAUGAUAUAAAACAACCGUCUUCGGACCUCACGCGGCAGCGUUUUCAGCAACUCACCAUUUACCCCUUACCACCUGAUAUUCAGAUACCUGUUUCUGUAAUCGAUGAAGCAUGGGAUAUGCAAGCUAUCGACUGUGGCAUAUCCGACGGACGCCUUCCUCGGGUCGCCCAUGGCGUGGCUUUGAGUAGCGGCUUCAAGAGCUCUAAGCUGUCUAUCUUCAUGUAUGGGUGGGCGGCUGGGCUGACUACUGUGACGAGCAACAAGGAAGUCCGAGGGCAAAUCCGAACUUGGGUGGAGGCGCAUCGCAAAAGUGAUGAAGAAACUGGGCCUCAGAUAUUUCGAUUGGAAGUGACGAGGAACCUAUUGGCCAAAGCUGCAAAGCCCAGAGAGGGAAGGCAAGAGAAGGAUGAGGCUGAUGGUGAUGAUGAUGAAUCAUGA